AUGGCCGACAGACACGUCCGCUUCGCAGAGGCGAACACAUACUACUCGCCCGCGUGGUCCCUCACGUCCACACCGACGGCGAACACGCCCUCUCCCACAUACUCCAACGCGUCGUUGUCGUCUGACGAUGGACCGUUGACGCCGCCGUCGUUCCCAUCGUCCCUCCCUGGAUCAGCUGUGAACAUCCACCCUUCCCUGGCACACCACCUAUACCACACACCAGCCAUCCAAUACGACACCAUCGAGCAUCCGAGCACUGCUUCGCUCGUUCAUCAUCCUCCGCACUCUUCAAGGCAGGAGUUGCGAUCACUCCUUGCGGAGCCAGCGACAAGCCCACCGGUCACGUCCUUGAAGCUGGUUAGCAACCACCUCCCUUUCCUGAUCACGGUGACGCCUACUACACCUGCGUCGCCUCCAUACCACGGCUCUCCAUUUUCGGCCAUUUCGAGCCCACGAUCCUCCGUCAACCCGUUCGUCACAGUCGGGGACGUGCUCGCGUCCAUAUAUCACGGCUUGAGAACGCCGAUCUCGAAGACCGAGUUCGCGAAACUCGGGCAUUCCAAAGCCGAGGAGGUCACAGCUGCCUGGCAGAAGAGAUAUCGACGCCUGAACAACACACGCGAAAGAGAGGCGGAGAAGGCGAAGGGAGUGAAGCGAAUCGACUUUCUCUCCGGGCGAACAAAGUACCUUGGCAUAUCUCCGCCGAAGCACGGAGACAUGUGGGUACUUCACUUGGCAUGAGGGAGGGAGGGAGGUAGCGACGUGGCCGCGAGAGUGGUUUGGUGGAGGUGAUUGGCAUAAAGGCACUCCGGAUUCAAGCACUGUACAACACCAUCAUAGGAUUAUUUCUGUAUCUACUAGACGUAAAUUUAGUGUAUUUCCCCGACAAUGAGAUAGUAU